UUUGUCAGUCUGUCGUCAUCUCUCCUUCCCUGCACAGUUUUUGGAUUUGUUUGCCUCUGCUGACUGCCUGCCAUGCUGCUGACUUCUGCCUUGAAUCCAAUCUUUCGUACCGGGGUCUCCAGAGGUCUCCAAAACACUGUCCAAGAGGAAAAUGGACUACCUCCUUGAGUGCACAUCAUCAGUCUUCCAGACACCAGUCAUUUGUCCCCUCACCUGUCCUGGAAGUUGAAGAAGACUGGAAAGACUGAGGACCAGGACCAGGACCAUGCAGUGAGGCUCUGCUGCUGGACUCUAUCUUCUUUGGAGUUCCUGGUGUGAAACGCACAUUAGGAGAGGUGAAAGUUCAGGGGUCAGGCGUAGCGGCAGCGUGUGAGAAUGUCGGUGAAGCCUCUUCUUCUUCUCCUCCUGGGAAUCACUGCAGCCACAGUUGUCACAGCUCAAGGACCAUGGAGAACAGACAACAGAGAGUCAGGCUCGUCUCUGUUCAACUCUGAUGACAACUAUGAGUGGACCACAUGGUUCAAUGUUGAUCACCCCGGAGGCCGUGGAGACUACGAGCAGCUGGAGGCCAUUCGCUUCUACUACCGUGCCCGAGUGUGUGAGACUCCACGGGCAAUCGAAGCCAGAACCACUGAAUGGGUCCCAGCCCGAGAAACUGGGGAAACGGUCCAUGCAGACCCAUCUGUGGGCUUCUGGUGCCUCAAUGAGGAGCAGGGUCCUGACCGCAACUGCUCCAACUAUGCAGUCCGCUUCCUCUGCCCCAAAGAUAACAGUGUGAACAUUCAGGGUACCUGGGGUCCAUGGUCAGACUGGAGCCCAUGCCCUGCCCUCUGUGGUCAGGUGGGGGUCCAACUGCGCUCCAGAAACUGCCAGUCUCGCUCUGUGCCCUGCAUUGGGCCUAAAGUUGAAGGGAAAGCAUGCAAUGGAGCAGAGUGCCCAAUACCAGAUUGCUCCCUGCAGUGUGUAACGGGGAAGGUGAAUGCUGAGUGUGACGCCUGCAUGUGUGAAGACCACAUCCUGCUGGGUUCUGUCCGUGGUGCCGGGGGCCUCACAGCUGAAGGGGCUACCAUCCUUCGCUCAGGCAAACUCCUUACUCUUACCGACCACAAUGGGCAUUUCCGCAUCCCUGGGGUCUGCCCUGACGGCAACACCACCCUGACGGUCAACCUGCAGGGUCAUGCCACCCUUAGUGUUGUUGUGCCCCACAGUACUGAACGUACCUCUGUCCUCAGUGUCCAGCUGAAAAGAAUAGAGAAGCUUCACGUGCUGAGCAACCCCGAAAGCAAGGUCCGGAGGGAGGGACAAACUGCUGCCUUCUGCUGCAAAGUGGCAGGAACACCCCAACCAGACAAGUACCAAUGGUUUCAUAACAACAGUCUCCUGGAGGAACACUCUGAGAGCACCUUAGUCCUAAAAAAUCUGCGUCCUGAGCUGACUGGGGAGUACUACUGCAGAGCAAGUGGUCCCUCUGGGGCUAUCAAGACCAAACCAGCUACACUCAAAGUCUUAGGUAGAGAUGAGCAUUCAUGUAAUCCCAAACCUGAAUCCCACCUCAUCCGCCUUCCGCAUGACUGCUACCAAAACAGUACAGACUCCUUCUACUACGAUGUGGGCAAGUGCCCCUUGAGCACAUGUGCUGGAAAGCUGGACAAUGGCAUCAGGUGCAAAGACAAAGUGGCUUACUGCUGUGGCGUCAAAAAGAUGGAGGAGAAGCAGCUGACAUGCCGGGGUUACCAAUUGCCCACCAUGGUGGUGACUGAGUGCGGCUGCCAGAAAUGUGUGGACACCAAGGCCAUCGUGCACGGUAGGGCCAUUGCUGCAGACAAUGGUGAGCCGAUGAGGUUCGGCCACGUCUUUAUGAACGGUGUCCGAAUCAGCCGCACAGGCUACAAAGGAACAUUCUCUAUCCAGGUUCCUCCAGACACAGAGAGGCUAGUCCUGACUUUUGUGGACAACAUGCAGAAAUUCGUCAACACCACAAAGGUACUCCCAUUUAACCCCAAAGGAGGGGCUGUUUACCAUGAGAUCAAACUACUGAGAAAGAAAGCUCCUGUGACCAUUAGCCCAACAGAAACCAACACUCUGGAGCUUGGGGAGUUAGAGGGCCAGGAGUCAAUGGUUCAGAUCCAGAUUCCUCCCAAUUCCUUCUAUACAGAAAAAGGAGAAGUCUUCACGGGUAACGUAAAUGCCAGUGUAACGUUCCUUGACCCCAGAGAUGUCUCCACAGCUGCUGCAGCUCAAAGUGAUCUCAACUUUGUAGGAGAUGAAGGAGAUACCCUGCCGCUGAGAACCUACGGGAUGUUCUCAGUUGACUUUAGGGGUGAGGAAAACAAUGAGCCCCUGAACGCAGGUGAAGUGAAGGUGUUCCUGGACUCUGCCCAGGUGAAGAUGUCCGAGCACCUCGACAUCAUGAAGCUGUGGUCACUGAACCCUGACACUGGCCUGUGGGAGGAGGAGGGAAGUCUGCAGGUGGAGAAGAAAAAAAGAGGCAAAAGGGAGGAGAGAACCUUUCUGAUUGGUAACAUGGAGAUCAGAGAAAGACGUCUUUUUAACCUGGAUGUCCCAGAGAACCGCAGGUGUUACGUGAAAGUGAGGGCUUUCCGCAGUGAACGCUUCAUGCCCAGUGAGCAGGUGGAGGGAGUUGUGGUGAGUCUUAUAAACAUGGAGCCCACAGCUGGCUACUCCACUAACCCACGCGCUUGGGGCCGUUUUGAUAGCGUCAUCACCGGCUCCAAUGGUGCCUGUCUUCCUGCCUUCUGCGAUGAACAAAAAGCUGAUGCCUACUCUGCCUAUGUCAUGGCCAACCUUGGAGGAGAGGAGCUGGAGGCUGUGUCUUCUGCUCCCAAACUCAAUCCCAACCUCAUUGGAGUGCCCCAGCCUUACCUGGGUAAGCUGAACUACAGGCGGACUGACCAUGAGGACCCCAGAGUGAAGAAGACUGCAUUCAGCAUCAAUGUGGCAAAACCAAGUCCCAACACAGCUGAGGAAAGCAACGGACCAGUGUACGCAUUUGAGAACUUGAGAGACUGUGAGGAGGCCCCGUUCAGUGCGGCACACUUCCGCUUUUCAAGAGUAGAAGGUGACCGCUAUGAUUACAACACAGUGCCGUUUAAUGAAGACGACCCAAUGAGCUGGACAGAGGACUACCUGAGCUGGUGGCCCAAGCCCAUGGAAUACCGGGCCUGCUACAUUAAAGUCAAAAUCAUCAGCCCACAUGAGAUCAAUGUUCGGUCCCGCAACAUGGGUGGCACCCACCCAAAGACAGUAGGCCAGCUGUAUGGCCUCCGAGACACUCGCAGCAUCCGUGACAUGGACCAGGGAACUAUUUCAGCUGUGUGCCUGGAGUUCAAGUGCAGUGGGAUGCUGUAUGAUCAGGAGCGUGUCGACCGUACCCUGGUGAAGGUGAUUCCACAAGGAAGCUGCAAGAGAGAUCUCGUCAACACUAUGCUUCAAGAGUAUCUGGUCAACCACCUGCCCUUAGCCGUCAACAACGACACCAACGAGUUCACCAUGCUGGCACCUCUUGACCCACUUGGCCAUAACUACGGGAUUUACACAGUGACAGACCAGGAUCCCCGCACAGCCAAAGAGAUCGCACUCGGACGUUGCUUUGACGGCACUUCUGAUGGGACAUCUCGUGUCAUGAAGAGCAAUGAUGGUGUAGCGCUGACUUUCACCUGCGGAGAUCAUGAGGUGACACGCCAGAGCGUCUUCCAGGCCCUGCAGACUGCUCAAGGUCAAACAUUAACGGGUGUGGUGAGAGAAGGCAGGCAGAACCGACGCCGGCAGAGGGCCAAUGCACCCCGCAGCAGCCGCAGACGCAGCACCAGAAAUCCAACAGGAAAACGUGCAACGGCCACAAGCUAAAUGACAACGCCAAAGGUCGAAGUUCUACCUGGAGACCAAAUUUACAUCUGCAAAGGAGAUGGCAGUGGAGACAUCGACUUUAUGUUCUCAUACAAACAUUUUUUUGACUUUUUGUUCACAUACUAACCAUAGGCCUAUUUCUUGCAGAUUCUUGUCAAGAACAUUUGUUUUUCUCUUACAUUUUAAACUCUACUGUGGUAAAUAUUUACUUGAAGUUGUAAAUAGAGUAUUUAUUACAUACCUUAAAUAGUAAUCAGGGUGCUGUUACUGCACAAGUUUCUUUCACUGAUGAUGUAAACAAGAACAGAAACACAACUUGUCCUUUUGACCAGUGAUUUAUUAAAUUAGAUGCUUAUAAAACACUGCAGAUGCUGUAUCUUCCACAUUAUGUGUAUCCAAUUGUCCAUGUAACAUUGAAACUGGUCAAUUGCUAGAAAAGAAAAGGAGAAAUAAGCCCCUUUUAACUAACUGUAGCCCAUAUGAAGACAUGGUGGGGUGAAGCCCAUAAGCCCCCGCUCCUCAUCACACUUGAUACAAGCCUGCAGAAGCAAUGAUUAGGAGACCAGUCGUAGCAAGUUAAUGCGCUUGCCUGAUCCAUACUUUUUCUGCAUUAGUAGAAAUCAAAUUAGUAAAUUACACUUUUGUCAUGCACAAAAAAUACCUAUAAGUACUCUUUGCUCCACAUUUUCAAGGAUAUUCCAGAGAUGUAUCAAGAGAAUGGCUGUGAGGUUUUAAAGUCACAUUUAUUAUACUUGUCUAUCCCUUUUACCUUACAGUGAAUGUCAUGUGCUCUCUGUAAAAUUACAACUACUACUUACAUGUUGCAUCAGUCUCAAAAUCACCCACAAUGCAACCUUUCCAGAGAUAGAUGAAUAAUGUAAUGGAUAAUUGUUUUGAAUUUGGCAACCGGAGUUAUAGAUACUAUAUACUUGCCUGUAAGAGAACCAUCCACAGGUAAGUGAGACCUAUAAUAUAUACAUGACAUUCUGGUUAAAGAAUUUGCAUAGAACCUUGUUGUUUCUAUGUCACUUCACUUGUAACUGCAAUAAUGUAUCCGCCAUUUUGACAGGAGCAACAUCUAAUAAACGAGCCCCGCAAAACUCA